AAUAGAUCCUUAUCUCAAUGGUCAUUUUUAAUUGUUGAAAAGAAAAGAACCAGAAAGAAAUCGCAUCCCAGUCACAACGAACGAGCACCUUCUCCUUCAUCUCUACCGCGUACGAAAGCGACGCCGCCGUCAAUUUUGGCUAGGUUUCCGAGUUCUCCAGGGCCAUCACGACAAAAGGUGAUCUUUCGCCAUUGAUUCUCAAGUAAUGGAACGGAUCAUUCAGAAUUUGUCCGCCAUUUCUGCACAUGGAUAAGGAAGGAGACGAAUCAUUUCUUUUCUCUUAUUGCUUCCCGAUUUGAGGGGGGUUUCCUGAAUUGUGAUGGUUCGACACGGAAUGAAAUGACGAUGCUUUGAGAUAGAGGGAGUCUGUUAGAAGCAUCGACUUCGGCCAUAACACGAGAAAAACGGCUUCCCGUUCGUCUUCUUACUUAAGGAAUCGGGGAGAAUGAGCAGAGGUGACAGCGACCCAGGAGAAAGCAAGAGCGUAUCUGACCUACAAUCGACAUCUGGCCCUCACAAAUGGUUAGUGAGCUUUCCCAGAGACCUGAUGGCAGGGGCGGUGAUGGCUGGGGUGGUCCACACCAUUGUUGCUCCUAUAGAAAGAACGAAGCUAUUGUUGCAGACCCAAGAGAGCAACAUGGCCAUUCUGGGCGGCGGUCACAGGAAAUUCAAGGGCAUGGUUGAUUGUCUUGCCCGAACGGUGAGGGAAGAAGGAAUUCUCUCACUCUGGAGAGGCAAUGGCAGUAGCGUCCUUCGCUAUUAUCCUUCUGUUGCUCUCAACUUCUCUCUCAAGGAUUUGUACAGAAACGUAUUACGAAGUCCUGGUCAAGAUGGGAAAUUUUUUGCCGGCCCAUCAGCCAACUUCAUUGCUGGGUCUGCUGCAGGCUGCACAACUUUGAUCAUAAUAUACCCACUAGAUAUCGCACACACACGCCUUGCUGCUGACAUUGGCAGAACUGAUGUUCGUGAGUUCAAAGGUGUGUAUCAUUUCCUUACAACCAUAAGAAAGAAAGAGGGAAUUCGCGGUAUAUACAGAGGUCUUCCUGCCUCGCUACAAGGGAUGGUCGUCCAUCGAGGUUUGUAUUUUGGUGGGUUUGAUACAAUGAAGGAGAUCUUGUGUGAAGAAGCCAAACCCGAACUGCCAUUGUGGAUGCGCUGGUUGGUGGCUCAGGCUGUAACAACCUCUGCUGGAUUGUUUUCCUAUCCAUUGGAUACAGUUCGGAGGCGAAUGAUGAUGCAAUCUGGGUCGGAGCAACCAAUGUACCGCAACACAGGUGACUGUUGGAGAACAAUUUACAGGACAGAAGGAGUAGCUUCAUUUUACCGUGGUGCUCUUUCCAACAUGUUUAGAAGCACUGGUGCCGCUGCUAUACUUGUUUUGUAUGAUGAAGUCAAGAAGUUCAUGGAAUGGGGUGGUUUUUAGGUGGAAUGAUUUUUGUUUUUGUUAGCCUACUUGCUUGUCAGCAGGAGAGGGUUACAAUGUUAGAGGAGUACAACCAACACAUAGCCAUUGUACAACAAGAGCUUCGUGAUAUUCAUCCACCCUGUCAUUAGUUGGCUAGUUCUUUGACUACCUUACUAAAUGAAGCUCAGUUUGCCAAUUUUUGCUGGACUAGACCAUGUGAAGUGAUGUCUCAGAAUUUGUUCUUUGAAAUAAUCUCAAAGCUGGUCCUUGCAUUUUG